GGAAACCGUAAAAGGGAUGCGGGCUUCUGGUGAGAACCGCUAGCACGGAGACUGGAGCAUGGUGGACCAGGCAGAUGCUGCUGAGGACCGGGGAGAUGAGUGGAUUCCUAACCAGUCCCUGGACAGGCUGUUGAGGUUACCACUCCCACCCCCACGGAUUUGCAUGCGUCCAUGGUGGUUUCCAGCGCAGGAGCUGAGAAACCCAUUGGUGUUUUACCUGGAGGCUUGGCUGGCUGAUGUAAUCUUUGGCGCCGACCGAGCCAGAAUUCCGGAAAUAGAGUGGAUGAGCCAAGCCCUCCUGUUGGUGGACAUAGUUGACUCGGGAAAAUCAGUCGAAAUCACUGUCUUCGGACGGCCUCGUAUGCAAUGUCAGGUGAAGAGAAUGCUUCUGAACGUGGCAUCGUGGCACCGGAAACAUCGUGCCCGGGGUAAGACUCUGAAGAUCUGCAUGUGUUGCUGUCACAGCUGUAAACUCUCUGCUGGAACCUGGCUUCUUUCUGGCCUUUCUUCCCAAAACGUUUUUGCAGAUUCCAACCACAGUAUGUAGCUUGCAGCCCCUGAGCAUUCCUUUGCGAGAAAAAUCCAAGUAGGACCCUGGGAAAGUAAGUGGAGAACUGAUGCGACCCAUUCAAGGCCCAUCACUGCCCAUGCCAUCAUCAGCUUGGUUAGGCCACUAUUUCCAGAUCCCAGAUUCAAAUCUCCACCCUGAGAAAUGAGGGUGCCAGCACUUCCCCUCCUUAGUGGUAGACCAGUUUGAAUUUGUGAGCACUUGUCCUUAUGGGUGGUUGUUAUCAAUUGCU